UAAAGGUGAAGGACACCUGCCGAAAAUGGCAGGAACGAAAGAAGAACCUGUUUUCCUUAGAGAAAAAUCGCCAGAUGAUGGCCCACAGUCACCCACAAUGUUACCAUGGGACAGAUUUUCAAAUUGGUUAUAUUGUGCUUGUGUUGUUACGUUUGACCUAGAACUAGGUCAGGCUAUGGAGCUUAUUUACCCUAGUCAUGUGAAAUUAACAGAUGCUGAGAAAGCCAACAUCUGUUACCUGUCUUUCCCUGAUUCUAAUUCAGGUUGUAUGGGAGAUACCCAGUUUAAUUUUAGAAUACGUCAGUCUCCUGGCAGGAAACCAGGCAACAAAUCGUUUAUUUCAACCAACAAAGAAUUGCCAGUUUCUAUACAGGGUGACAAUGCUCAUUACUGUGGGUUUGUGUACUUCCGACAGACUAAAGACAAGACAAUAAGAAGAGGAUAUUUUCAGAAGUCAGUAGUACUGAUAUCCAGAUUUCCAUUUGUUGCCUUAUUUUCUGAGCUCAUAUCAAUAUUAGCACCAGAAUACUUUGACAAUGGUGAACCAAGUUUAGAAGCAGCUUGUCAUGACAUUGACCAAUGGCCUGCUCCAUGCUCUGGGGAAACUGUCAAUCUACCUAUAUUUGGGACAGUCUUACAGGUACGAAUACCUUCUAGAUCUGAUAAAGUUCUACUAGGUCAAGUUACAAAUAAAUCUCCUGUUGUGCCAAUGAUACCUGCCCAUGUGAUUCUACCUUCUCUAUGUGAAGUUGAUAUAUUUAGUGGCUUCCAGUCAAUUCUACCUCAUAUACAAAUGAUGUGGGAAUUAGUACUAACAGGGGAGCCUUUAGUAGCCAUGGCUGCCUCACCAUCAGUCACGUCUUCGACAGUUCAAGCACUUAUAAGUCUCAUUAGUCCUCUGAAAUACUGUUCUGACUACAGACCAUACUUCACAAUUCAUGACAGCGAAUUUAAAGAGUAUACAACGAAAACACAAGCACCACCAUCAGUCAUAUUAGGAGUCACAAAUCCAUUUUUUGCCAAAACCUUACAGCACUGGCCACAUAUCAUCAGAAUUGGUGAAAUGAUGACUCAAACACCAAAAGGAUUCAAUAAGUUGAAAAAAGCAAGUAGUCUGAAGACAUUAGAUUCUAAACCAGGUGUUUAUACAAGGUAUAAACCAUUUUUGAAUAAAGACAAAGCAAUAUUAAAAAGAUUGAUUAAGGGUAUACAGACAAAGAGACCUGUUGAAGCACAGAAUGCUAUAUUACGCAGAUAUUUCUUAGAAAUUACACAAAGUUUUAUUAUACCAUUGGAACGGUACAUGGCAAGUUUGAUGCCUUUGCAGAGAAAUAUAUCUCCACAUAAAAGUCCUCCAGUUUUAAGACCAUUUGAUAUAGAAGAAUUCUUAAAAACAGUAGAGCACUCUGGUCCCCAACUGACAUCAGGAAUCAAGGGAGAUUGGCAGGGGCUGUAUCAAAGAUUCUUUAGAAGUAGUAAUUUUGAAGGAUGGUACAAGUUCAGACAACAUGAAGUCAACCAAAAAUUACAAGUGCUGCAUUUAGAGGCUAUUUGUGAAGCUAAUUUGUUGGAUUGGAUACAAGACAAACAGGAAGUAGAGAUUGUAGAUCUGAUCCUGAGGAUUCGGGAAAAAUUGACAUUUGCUACAAACAACAACUUAGUAGUCAAUACUGAGAAUAUAAACAAACUUCAGAAACAUUUACAAGGCAUUAUAUCAUCGCUGCCUGAAGAUCUCCAAUCUGUGCUGAAAAGCUGAUACAUGUUAAUGUUGUGUCACAUGUCAUGUCACAUGAUAUAGUUUGUCUUACUGUGAAUACAAGCAGUAAUUUCCAGCUAGAUGGAACUUCAGGACAAAGAGAGUUGCAAAGUUCCAUAUCAUCUCUGCAAAGUUGAUUAAAUUUAAUUAAAAUUGUUUGAUAAAAUAGGCCAACAAAAUUUGAAAUCUUUUUGCUAGUAAUUAGCCCAAAAUAUGCCUUUUUAAUGGAGCACAUCUUGAUUGCAUGUGAAAAUAAAAUAUGAUACAGUGAGAAUAGAAGAAGGACCACAAGUUAAGGCGAAAGAGUAAAAUGGUUAUUAAAUGUACUGUAAUUGUAAAUACAAGAUUGCAAUAGUUCAGGAUCAUGUAUUGGUAGUCUACAUUAGAUACAUUUUAUUUCUUGGUGAGCUUUUUUUAUUGGCCUUGAUUUUUUAUGCUAAUUUUAUUUGGAAAACUGAUUCAUUAGUUUUAAGGCUUGAAAAAGCUAUGAUCAUGUAGAAAAUAAAAAUUACACAUUCCAAUUAUCUGUUAGUGUUAAGAAAUUUGGGAAUGCCUGUUUUGUUUGCUAUCUGUGAUUUAUAAAGAUUGAUCUGUCUUUACAAUUCUAUUGCAUUUUAUAAUGCUGGUGCAGCAUGUGUUAACAAGUCAUGCAUCAUAUGUGUGCAGAUGGUGGAUUUUUAAAUUGUAAAAUUGUAAAUCAAAAUUGUCAUCAUAUAUAACAAACUAUCACAGAAACCUUAGAACUAAGAUAGUAAAGAAAUAAUUAUUUUAUUUCAUUCAGUCCCCAUGCAAUUAUUAAAGUUCAGUGAAUUUCAGUAGCCUGCUGUAGUAUGAAUAAAAUUAACCUCGAGAUGAUUCCACUUUUAUUGAUGUGAUAACAUUUGAAGCACCACAAUUAAAGGGGAACUUGAACCAACUCAUUCUAAACUGCCAAAUCUAUGUUUGCAUAUCAAUGAAGAUAGGUGUUAAUAUCAUCAAGUUUUUUAUAAGGACUUGUUUGUCUUGAAACUUUUGAUUUUGCCAUUUGUUAAGGGACUUUCCGUUUUAAAUUUUCAUUGGAGUUUAGUAUUUUUGGAAUUUUACUUUUUGGAACUUUACUUUGGUAUUACAUUUAUAAUGUAGACUAAUGUUCAAUAUUUUUCUGCUAUUGUGGUCAGUGUCACUGUGUGAUUAUCUGGAUGUGCCUUCAUAUUACAACAUGGCCAUAAAGAUAAUACAACAUUUUAUCACAGAGGUUUUGAAAUUGAGAUUAAUAUUAACCAAUACCCUUAAUUCAAACUGUGUUUUGAGAUAGUGCCCUUAAAACAAAAGAGGAAUCUUCCUAAAAGUUAUACUACAGAAGACUUUGGCUUUCAACUGUGAAACAAGAGUGUGUAAACUGAAUGAAAUGACUAAUUAGAUUAUUACCAGCUGGUAAAUCAGGGUUGUUAAAUAUAUGUUAUUUUAUGUUAUUUUUCCCACCUGAUCAUGUAUUUGUUUUCAUAUUUUAAUCUGAUUUUAUAGAUACAUUUGUAUUUAAUACUGUACAAAUAUAUUUCAAGUCAUGCUCUGAGAGGUCGUUUUGUAUAAUCCAAAAUUAUCAACUUUGAAAGAAGCAUGUGGUUAGAAGAAAUUAUAAAAUUGAAAAAAAGAAGAAUAUAUCUCGUGUUCUCUUUUUCAACAAACAACAAAAUUUUGCAAAAGUUGAUAUUUUAAACCUCUAUCUAUUUAUUAUAUAAAGGAUAAAACAACAUUUUAGUCAUAAAGAUGGUUAAUUUCUAUUGGUUGUUGAUAUUUUAUUAUGGACCAGUAUUACUUUUAAAAAUACUUGCCAACCUUUGUUAAUGAAUGGUUGUAUAAUUGGGUAAUUUAUUGUUAAAUAUUUAAUUGUUGAUGUGCUUAAUGGUACAAGUUGCAUUGUGUACAUAAGAACUUUAAUGGAAUGGUAUAUUUUUAUUUAAGCAAAUGAUAUUUUCUUUACAAAACAGAAAAAUUAUGUUCAUUAUUAUAACAUGUAUUUCAUGUGUUCUCAAUAUAUCAAAAAGUUUUCCAUGACUGUAUAUAAUAAGACUAGUCAAGUUAUAGUUUUGUGACAUAAUUUACAUAAUAGUUAAUGUCAUGUUUUGUAGUCUUGUUACUGUGCAUAUUUUAAAGGCUUUACAGAGGCAGAUUUUGAGGGUUUUCAGGUGGUCCAGACCCCUCACGCCAACCCCUUUUUGUGGGAAAAAUUUGGGUGAUUAUAUAGAGAAUCACUGAAGCAUGGCUGGAGCGGGCCCCUUCUUAGGCAGUCAGUGGGCCUCCCUUAUGAAAAUUUCUGGAUCCUUCCCUGCUUUUUCCUUUCACAAUACCAAUUGCUAAAAUGUUAAUCAAAUUGAAAUUUGACUCAAUUUCUACAAAGAUAGAAGUUGUUGAUAUUUUAACUCAUUGCUUGGGCCAGUUUUAAAAAGGUUUUGUAGAGUUAUUGAAUUUUUUUUUUUUAAUUCACACCAACUAAAUAAUCUUGUGACCAAUCUGCCCUUUUGGUUUUUUUUAGAAGUUUAAAGCAUCAAAAGUUCUGAUGAAUAUAUAUAUACAGUGUAAAUUGUGUAAUCAGACCCACUGGGGGACCAGAACAAAAUGUCAGAUUAAGCAGGGUAUCAGAAUACCCAUGAUUUUUCUACAAGGAUAGGCUUAUUUUGGGACCAUGAAAAUGUGUCAGUUAAAGCCGGAUGUUGGAAUACUCAAGUGUUGGAUUAGGCAGGUUACACUCUACCAAUUAUGAAUCAAACUAAGCUCUAGUCAUUCCAAUAGUGUUAAAUGUUAAAAAUAUUUGUAAAAUUUGUGUCAAUAUUUGUGCACAUCAUAAUAGAUAAUGCUAGGAUUUUUGUCUUUUGUCUUGAAAGAGAGAUACAAAACUAGUUUUUCUAUUUCAAUUUGAAAGAUUUGUACUGUAACACUAUUGUACAUGUAGAAUAUUUUUCCUUGGUUGAAAUUUGCUUUAAUCAAAUAUCCGUUGGAAAAUAUCCAUUAAUAAACCUUAAAAAAAUAAAUGAAAACAUUGAAUAGACAUGAAUAAUUGUAGCAUAUUUUAUAGAUAUAUUUGAAUGAAAGUAAUAAAUAGAAAAAUGUUUUGUAUUGAACUCUUAGUUUACAGCCCGUCUAGUGUCAUGAUUCUUCACUAUUAAUAUACUUCCUUGAAAACAUUCCCUUUUCGAACAAAUUAAGGGAGGUAAUCCAGUAAAUUUGAUCUUCAAAUAUACAUCUUAUUUCAAUGUUUCUGUGCCAUUUGGCAGGAGAAACCAUAACUUCACUCUCAAAAUUAGUUUCAGAUAUCAAUUUUUCAUUCCUUAUGAAUAAUUUUCUUAUUAAACUCCUUCACAGACUAAAACACACAAAAACAAAAUAUAAUAAAAGACUAUAUCUGGAGGUGGUUCUUUUUAAGAAGAAACUAAUUUCCUGCCUUGAAGGAAUGGUAGGACAAUUUUCAAUAAUUAACAGACAAUUCAGUUGGACUCUAAAUUGAUGACAUUACAAUAUUGUUUGCUGAUUUCAUUUUGUUUACCAAUUUGAGUCAUUUGAACUCCAUACAAAGUUCAAUAUUUAAAAAAAAUUCAAUGACUACUAGUACUUCUACUUGAAAAAAAUUCACUGUAAUUAAGUCAGAAAUGUCAAAUUGGUCACAGACUGAACAACUCAAAACAUUGAUUGUCAUGAAAAACUGUUGUAAUUGUGAUCCCCCCUAAAAUAAUCUGGGUUCAUGAAAUAAAUAAGAGUACUAUUUGAUGUCUUAUUGAUUGAGAUAUUUAUGUUUUCAUGUCAAUUUACAUCGUGUAUUGUUAUGUCUUUUAUCAAAUAAAACAAAAGAAAUAA